GAUAAGAAGAUCAAAGCUAGGAGAAAAUAGAAGGGAAUAUAUGGAGCUUUGAGCAAUCGACAGAUCUUCCAUAUCCAAGAUAGGGAGAGCUUUGAGAGGUUCGAAAAAAUAAUGGUUUCUAGGGGCUCAAAAGGCGUUGAUUGCGUUAUUGAAGCUCGAUUCGUCACCAAAGGAGACCCCGAAUCGUUACCGGAACCAGAGAAAGCGUCAGGAAAGAGAAGAAAAAUACCAGAUCCUCCCAAGCUAGUCUAUUCAGAUGACGACAGUGACGCUAAAAAGAGUAUUCCCCCUAUCAAGAAGGCUAGGAAAACAGCUACCACUGUCGCUAUUGCGUCUUUAGUCGAGGAUAGGAAGACACAAUCGAGAUAUCAGGAGAGAUUGAGCCUACUUUCGCGGUAUUGGAGAUAUAAUGGGGGAGAAAGGGGAGGGUGCCCAAAUAGGAAUCAAUAGUGUUUUAUCCAUGAAGGGAACCAUUUCAGGAUUGAAUUGGACGACUUCCAUAAAUGGAUAGAUUAAUGGAGAGAUGAGCUUCCUGAUGAGGCUAAUACCACUACUAUUC